UCGGUGUACAUGAUAGCAAAGUAUUUCUGCGUGCCCAACUAUGUGACCUUGCUGGAGCUGCUUCCCAUAUCCGAGUACACAUACGGCUUUGUGUUCGUCGGGCUCUAUCGCAUGCUACCCGACUACAUAGACUUUGGGAUGAACUGCAGGUACCACAAAAAUGCGGAGGGCACAUUGACGCUGGGCAAAAUGAUGGGCGACAACCUGCGCUUCUUUGUCGUGGGGAUCAUGAUGCUCUGCAACCGCGGCUACCAAGUGAAUGGCAUGCUGUGGUGGAUCAAUAUGACCAUUAUCAUCAUAGGGUACAUCUACAUGACCUUUGUUGUGGACCUGAAAUACAGAGCGUUUGGCGCUCCCGACCUCCUCUAUAGCGACGCCACUGCGCUGACCUUCAAUGCCAUUACGUUUCUGUUUCUGUUUGUGCUCAUCCUCAGCUUGGCCCUGCUCCUCUCGUACCACAACCAAAACAGGCGGGCGAGUCUGUCAACUGCUGAGGCAGCGAGUGUGGACGCAGAAGCAACAGAGGUGUCCAGCGAUGUGGAUAUGGACAAUCAAACGCCCAUACACGAGGAGCUCAGCACCUUUCGGAUCUGGUGGAACUCUGUGAACGGCUAUGCGAACAUGAAGGAGCGGUAUAAAGUCUUGACAAUCCUAUUUGUUCCCGGCUACUUCCUGCUGGCCAACGUAAUACCCGUAAUGAGCAGGGAACGCCCCAUGUUUGGCUGGUGCAAGAUUGUCAACAUACUAAGCUUUAUGGUCACUCCCUUUUUGCUGAUCAAGAUGGGGACCGACACCCCGGCGUUUCUUGUGCUGUGGUGCAUCACCUGGUUCAUUGCACUGGUGGUGCUGAUCUCGUUCCACCCACGGCGGCAACCGGGCCAUUUCCUGAUCUGUGUCUACUCCGCCCUUGGCGCGAUCAACGGCAACAACCUCUUGUUCCAGAUCACAGCGGAGAUCAACAACCUCACCUGGCAGUACAUGACCAUGCGCUUCGAGUCCAUAGGCGAGACGGUGUGCAUCCUGUUCUUCAGCUCUGGCGAGGUUCUGUGGCUCGUCGUGCUGCUCCACAACCUGAACGAACGCAAUCUAGAGGACGCAGCCUUCGGUGGAGUCAUGAGCGUGGUCACCCACAACAUAUACAUGGCUCUACCCUUGCUCGUCCUUCACCGCUGCUAUACGUCCGAAAGCUAUUUCGUGUUCACCGCCAAGUUGCAGAACUGUUAUAUAUUCUUCCUGGUCCUCUUUUCUGGUGUCCUGCUGCACGUGUCGAUGAGCUCGCAUGAGCUCCGUCUGUCGCUCUUCUUCUACAUAGUCGCCAUGACCACCACAUUCGUCUUAUUUGAGUUUGCAGCCUUCUACGAGUGGGUGCACCCCUUUGGCUCACUCAGCUUCAUCAAGCCACCCAGGGAUGAAAUAUUCCGCUGGGCCUAAGGCC